GCAGACCGCCUGCCUUUCUUUUUGAGGAAGACGCGGUUGCUGCUGCGGUGGUGCUGCGAGCCGCCCGCUCCUGCUCCUGACUCACCGCUGUUCGCUCUCGCCGAGGAACAAGUCGGUCAGGACGCCGCGCCGCAGCCAUGGCCUUUAAAGACACCGGGAAGACACCCGUGGAGCCUGAGGUGGCCAUUCACCGAAUCAGAAUUACUCUGACCAGCCGCAACGUCAAGUCUCUGGAGAAGGUGUGUGCUGACUUGAUCAGGGGCGCAAAGGAAAAGAAUCUCAAAGUGAAAGGACCAGUUCGGAUGCCUACCAAGACUCUGAGAAUCACUACAAGGAAAACUCCCUGUGGGGAGGGUUCUAAGACUUGGGAUCGAUUUCAGAUGAGGAUCCACAAGCGGCUCAUUGACUUGCACAGCCCUUCUGAGAUUGUUAAGCAGAUUACUUCCAUCAGUAUUGAGCCAGGAGUCGAGGUUGAAGUUACCAUUGCAGAUGCUUAAGUCAACCUUUUUAAUAAAUUGACUAUCUGUUGUUAA